AUGGAAGUGAAUCCAGCAGUAACUAAUUACAGGAUUUCUACUACUACUACUACUACUACUACUACUACUACUACUACUACUACUACUACUACUACUACUACUACUACUACUGCUACUGCUACUACUUCUACUACUACUACUACUACUACUACUACUACUACUACUACUACUACUACUACUACUACUACUACUUCUACUACUACUACUACUACUACUACUACUACUACUACUAUUUGUUAUUAUUAUUGCUAUUAUUAUUCUUUGUUUUUUAUUCAUGGACUAGAUAAAUCAUGUGCACAGUUUCUGUCAUAA